CAUUUGUUGUUUUGUUCUGUCAGAACGUGUAUUUAUUUAUGAAUUGCUUACGAAUAAUAAGUAAGUGUGAGCAAUCAAUGACAUCAUUUUCUCGAAAAUAUUUGGCUCAAUAAUAAAAAAAACAACAUUUAUCAGACGUUCUUCGGAUCAAAAGUGGGUUUUUCUGCGCUUGUCCACAAUCGAUUGCAGAUAGUUUAAUUGUCGCGGUGAAUAACAAUUUGCUCACGUUGCAGCAGUAUAUCGAAUUGAAUUGAGAAAAAAAAACAACUAUAAAUAAAAUGGGUCUUGAAUGUGAACUACCGCCGUUACGCUCGUUGGACGAUUUUCUAUUGGGAUCGGCCCGAUUUCAACCGCCAAAUUUCCAAGACCUCGAAAAAUGGGGAAAUCGAGUCACCAAAAAUUUUCUAUACUAUCAAACAAAUUACUUUGUAAUGGCAAUGAUUGUAUCAGUGCUAUUUAUACUUUAUAAUCCGGUGCAAACAAUUUCUGGCAUUUGUGCGUUUGUCGUUAUAAUUGCGUCGUUUGUUGUCAUCAAUCCAAAUCAAAUUCAAGGUCAACCGCAACAUGAAAAAUUCCCAGGAUCAACUGGAUGGCUAUACAUUGGCGGCAUCAUACUUACUAUUGGUCUAAUUUUGUAUUUAUUCCAAUCAAUUAUGUAUGUGACCCUAAUAAUUUUACUACCAUUUGUCUUGGCAUUCAUACAUGCAUCGUUACGCCUACGAAAUCUACGCAAUAAAUUAUCAAAUGCAAUUGAUGAAAAACAACUACGCUACACACCAAUGGGCGUAUUUUUGGAAGCAAUGUACGUGGUUGUUGAUUCAGCUACAAAAUAAAUUUCGUUUAUUGUAAAUGUAUCUUAAAGGAUUCGAUUACUUUUAAGUUUAAAUCGUUAUGCAAAAAAAAAAAAAUAUUUCAAAACAGAUUUGAAUCUCUUUAGUCAAUAAAGCAAAAACAAAAAAAAAGUAUUCAAAUAAAAGUUGUAAACAUUUCGCUGCAUUCA